AUGUUCUUUCUUCUUUAUUUACCACCAUUAUGUUUGCUUUUCUGUGCAAUUCUUCAUGGUCAUACUGGAUCACCUGAUAAUGCAGUCUUGAUAGCGUUUCCGAGUCCUUUUCAACACUCCAACCUCUCUCUCUCUCUCUCUCCCUCUCUCUCUCUCUCUCUCUCUCUCACACACACACAAGGCGGUCUAUCCACAUCUAUCUAUCUAUCUAUCUAUCUAUCUAUCUAUCUAUCUAUCUAUCGCAGUCUCUUCGUAUCGAUCUAUCUAUCGAUUGCUGUAAUUUCAUAUCUAUCUAUCGCAUACUCUCUCUCUCUCUCUCUCUCUCUCUCUCUCUCUCUCUCUCUCUCUGAAGAAGAAGAAGAAGAAGAAGUAUUACCCUUAGGAUACUUCUCAGAACAGGGGGCAGUCUUCUUUCUCUCCUCCGAAAUUCUCCCGCAAAUCUCUCGACUCACUGCGACGAAAGUCUCUUUCCCCGACUCUCCUUUAUUAGCAAAAACUCAAGUUAAUAUAGAAAAAGGAUCAACUGAUCACAAUUGA